AUAUUUUUUUUUGAGAAACGAGAGAUAACCCAUAUAGCCAAAUAGGAAGAGCAAACAGACAUAACCCAUGUAAGUAUAAACCAUAACUCAUGGAAGGAAGAGGCUGAGCUUUUUUGUUUUGGAUUGAUAGAAGAAUAGAGAAAAGCUUCAAAAGGAUUUGACGCUCAUAUUGACUUUUGGGUGCUUUGAAAUGGCUGGUCCAUCACAUGGUCCUGCAAACUUCUGGACUCAGGCCAAUGCUUUGCUCAGAAAGAACUUAACCUUCCAGAAACGAAAUAUGAAGACAAAUAUUUUUCUCAUUUGCUAUCCUGCUUUGCUCUGCAUACUAAUUGCUGUCCUCCAACAUUACUAUAAUAAAAUGGUCCAUAAUGAAACGGCCAAACAAUGUGACCCAAAAACCAAUUCUAGUUGUCCCAUUCCUCAGAUUCCAGCAUUUCCUCCACUGUUACAACUACCCCAUUAUUCCUAUAGUGCAGUCAGAACUGAUUUUUUGCCAUUUAACGACUUGCCAGAUGAGUCAUGCAGGAGGAAUCGUUCUUGUCCUGCAACUAUUCUUCUCACAGGGGAUAAUCAAUCUCUUGGAGAAAGUAUACCCUUCUCUCUACCUCAGUUUUUGGCUGGGACUAUGAUCACAAACUCUCUUAAUACCUCUCAAGUUACAGCUAGUUUCAAGAAACAUGACUUGGCUAGUCUAGCUAGCAAUGUUCUGGGAUCGCCACGGAGUCCACCUCAAGAUUUAAUUUCUGACGGUUAUGGAUAUUAUGGAAUCUCUAAUGUCCAACAUCAAUGCACAGACAACGAGUCUUUAUCUGAAAUUGAAAUGCAAUGUGUUAAAGGUUUGGUUUUAUGGCGCAAUGAUUAUACUGUGGUAAAUGAUGAAUUAUAUAAGGGUUAUUAUGAAGGGAAUCCAGAUGGAAAGAUUAAUGAGAUAAGUGCAGCCUAUGAUUUUCUAAACUCGAAUGAGGAAAAUUUUGAUGUGAGCAUCUGGUACAAUUCAACGCUCAAUGAUGGUGAUUUAUUGCUUCAUAUUCCACGCUCAGUGAAUCUGGCAUCCAAUGCCUACCUUCGUUCUCAGCGAGGGCCUGGAACACAAAUGUUAUUUGAGUUUGUCAAAGGCAUGCACCCAGAAACAAACCAGGUUGCCCACGUGGAUUUUGCUUCUUAUUUAGGUCCUCUCUUCUUCACAUGGGUUGUUCUACAGUUAUUCCCUGUUGCUUUGAAAUCAUUGGUUUAUGAGAAACAACGGAAACUAAGAAUCAUGAUGAAAAUGCAUGGGCUUGGUGAUUGGCCUUAUUGGAUGAUUUCCUACCUUUACUUUCUUUUUGUAUCUUCAAUUUACAUGUUGAUUUUUGUAGCAUCUGGUGCACUUCUAGGGUUACAAUUUUUUCAAUUGAACGACUUCGGCAUUCAGUUUGUCUUUUAUUUCAUAUAUAUAAACUUACAAAUUUCAUUCGCCUUUCUAGGAGCUACAUUGUUUUCAAAUGUUAAGACUGCUACAGUGGUAGCAUACAUAUGUGUCUUUGGAACAGGGUUCUUAGCAAGAUUUCUUUUCCAGUCUUUUGUUGAAAGUAACUCAUUUCCAAAAAUGUGGGUUAUGGUAAUGGAGAUAUAUCCAGGAUUUUCUCUAUAUCGUGGGAUAUAUGAGUUUGCACAGUAUAUUAUCUUGGAAGGUGGGAUGCGGUGGGAAGAUUUAAAUGAUAGUGAAAAUGGGAUGAAAGAGGUCUUGAUUAUCAUGUCCCUGGAGUGGUUGGUGGUGCUUUUUGCUGCGUAUGGUAUGGAUGUAGUUGUGUCACUAGGAAGUGGGGUUGGAAGAAGGCAAUCUCAAAAUUCUCGAAUGAAUCCUCUCUCAUUUUUUUGGAAGCCUAAUUUACAACAUGAGGACUCUAGACUUCAUGUUCAGAUGGAUAAUGCUGAUGUUAUCCAAGAGAGGGAGAAGGUUGACCAAUUGCUCCAUGAAUCAAGCACAAGCCAUGCCAUUGUUUGUGACAACCUCCAAAAGAUAUACCCAGGAAGAGAUGGAAACCCUGAAAAACUUGCAGUGCAAGGACUAUAUCUUGCUAUGCCUCGAGGGGAAUGCUUUGGUGUUCUUGGUCCCAAUGGUGCAGGCAAAACCUCUUUUAUCAGUAUUAUGAUUGGACUUAUAAAGCCAACCUCUGGCACUGCAUUUGUUCAAGGCCUUGAUAUACGGACUCAUAUGGAUCAAAUAUACACCAGCAUGGGUGUAUGCCCGCAAGAUGACCUUCUUUGGGAAACACUAACAGGGAGGGAGCAUUUACUAUUUUAUGGAAGACUUAAGAACCUUAGAGGUUCUGCAUUAACACAAGCAGUAGAAGAAUCUCUUAAGAGUCUCAACCUAUUUCACGGAGGAGUUUCUGACAAACAAGCUGGAAAAUAUAGCGGUGGUAUGAAAAGGAGGCUAAGUGUAGCCAUUUCAUUAAUUGGGGAUCCCAAAGUUGUCUACAUGGAUGAACCAAGUACUGGAUUAGAUCCAGCUUCAAGGAACAACUUAUGGAGUGUUGUGAAGAAAGCAAAACAAGAUCGAGCUAUCAUUCUAACAACUCAUUCAAUGGAAGAGGCAGAGUUUCUAUGUGACCGAUUAGGAUUUUUUGUUGAUGGCAGCUUGCGGUGCAUAGGAAACCCAAAAGAGCUGAAGGCUAGAUAUGGAGGGUCUUAUGUGUUUACAAUUACAACAUCUUCGGAUCAUGAAGAAGAAGUGGAGAACAUGGUGCAACAUCUUUCACCAAGUGCCAACAAGGUAUACCAAUUAUCCGGAACCCAGAAGUUUGAGAUACCAAAAAGUGAGGUCAGAAUUGCAGAUGUAUUCCAAGCAGUUGAGACUGCAAAGAGCAAGUUCACUGUUUUUGCUUGGGGUUUGGCUGACACAAAUAUGGAGGAUGUUUUUAUCAAGGUUUCACGUGAGGCCCAUCAAUCCAACUCUUUGACAUGAUUGUUCAGUGAUUCCUGCAAUUUACUUUGAUACCAAUCUUAUUUUCAAACAAUUACUACCCCUUGUGGCUUAAAUGUAGUCAUUGUAUGGUAAUUAAGCAUUUUCUCGGCA